AUGUCGGGAAGCGAGGUACCCGCUGCCACCGGCGGCAGCAACAAUUCCAGUGAAUUCGUAUUGGAGUUCAAACACCCCUACUUUCGCGCCGACAGCAAGGAUGGCCUUGACAACAUUCGGCGGAAAGCCCCCGCCCCCAGGAAGCCCCAAGUCACCGAGGACUUUACCACAAGCCAGCAUGUCAGUGUCGUAACGGAACAACUAACCGCGACGCAGCAGCAGGUUCAGCAACUGCAGGAGUUGUAUGCCGAGGUUUCCCAGGCCAACCGGCUGCUGGUGAAUGAGGUCAUGACUUUACAAAAGAUGGUCAAUGCCCAGAAACAGGCACAGUACGAGAUGCUCAAUUAUCUUUCUCCCUACGAUGGGAGAAGUCGAGGCAUCAUGGGACAGUCGAUGAAUUCAAAUGGCUCCAACGAUGUCGAAGAUGGCGUGCCGGAACUGCGCAGAGCGCGAGAACUUCUUUCUAGUGUGGCUCCCGACGCCGUAUCCGACCGAGAACUCGAGCGCCUUCGUGGCAUAUACGCCGCUCCAUCUGAAUCUGCGGCUCUGAUCACGCCCGUCACCAUGCCUCUCAUGCACGACCCCAUGACGGACCUUAGUCGGUAUCCCGUCUACCCUGUGGGGCAGACCGUCGGUAUUGAUCCGUUUCAACCUGACCAUAUUCACAAGAUUCCAUUCGCGAUUCCCAAUGAAGGCACCCCGAGCACCGCUUUGUCGAGUGAGGCAACCAUUUCAGCUCCUGCACCCAUCUCCAACGUUCCGGUAACAACUGGGCUGGGCACGGAUCGAGCAACACCCAUGUGGGGUCCAAAAAAGCCGCAGGUCCUUCUCGUCGAAGAUGAUCAGACUUGCGCCAAGAUCGGCAUCAAGUUUUUGAAUUCGAUGGGAUGCGAGGUCGAGCAUGCUCUGAAUGGCGCUGAUGCCUACACCCGCGUCAGCAAUUUAGGCCGGGAUCAUUUCGACUUGAUGUUCAUGGACAUUAUUAUGCCUCGGCUCGAUGGUGUUUCGGCAACCAUGUACAUUCGCCGACAUUGCCCCACGACUCCCAUUAUUGCGAUGACUUCGAAUAUCAGGCCUGAUGAGGUUAACGGAUACUUUGAGCAUGCAAAGCCUUUCACUAAAGAAGGAAUGCUCAAAUCAGUCCGGACGCAUUUGGCUCAUCUCCUCAAGGAUCCCCCAGAGCAGUCGGAAGCUGGGUUUAUGAUGAGCAACGUUUCCUAUGUGGCUGCCGCUCCCCCAUCGCUCAAGUUUGAGUCGAGCACGCCGCCUGGAGGCAAUAGCUCUGGCUGGUCCCCAAGUCAUAUGGGUCCAAGCAAUGUCGACCAGUGGAAUGGCAUGAUAAAUGGGGGGAAUCAAUACAGUAUAGGCCGUUCCAACUUCCCAACCACGGAUCACGACAGCCCACCUGAGAAGCGCCAGAGACUCAACAUUUCCCAAGCCAACUAUGGUUGA